UCUUGAAAAAUUGCUUGUGUGUCGUGAACAUUUUGAAGCCCCUGGAAAAAGGGAAGGAAAGCGUUUGAAAUGUCUCGUUUUUGGGCCAGUGUGCCGGCGUUUUUUUCAAAUCCGCGCACCGGGAAAUUUUGUGGAAUAACGGGAGAACUGCCCAGCUGCUGCCGGUGUGUGAGCGACUGCACACACUGAAGGUAAUAAAGAGAAGCCGGCUCGGUGUUCGCUCUUGCAUUUGCUUCUGUUUCCUCUCUCUCCCUCUCUUUCUCUUUCUAUUGCAUCAACUCGAUGCUGCGUGAGGCUGCUGGGCGAUGAUGCAUCGGCGGGGUUUGACUCUGUGAAUUCGCAUCAUAUCAAGUCUAUUUACCCUGCACGGACUGAUCACCUCGGCAAUGUAAAUUCCAGCAAUUAAGUCAGUUUUUUUUUUUUUUUUUUUGCUGACAAGCCUUGCGACAAAAAAAAAAGAAAAAAGAAAGAUAUGCCUUAUUUCGACGCGAGGUGCGAGGAUGCCUGUAGCUGUGAUUGUGUCAUUGCUGCGGCACACUCCGGAGCUCCUCGGCUCAAGACAGACACAACUAACCUCAGCUGAAGAGAAGACAGCAAGCUAUCAAGUGCUUUACCACCCAACAUAAGCCAUACCAGCCCGUGCAUGUGUAUGCGUGUGUGUGUGUGUGGGAGAAGGCUUCUGUUGCACUGAGGAUUUUGGGGCUUCCCAAGAACCUGCCACAUCCCCAAAUCCUGUCUGAGGACUGCUGUGAGCUUACAAGCUUCCUGAUGGUUUCUGGAGGGCAGCCCUGAUGCAUCUUGUGAGCGUGAAAACUCCAAGGACCCUUUUUGCCAGGUUUGCAUCACCAGACAGGAGCCGGAGCAGACGGUAACUCUGUGUGUGUCAUGUUAGAGGCUGGACUCUUGCCCGCUCCCUCUAGCUCUCAGCCAAAAUCUCUGACCUGCCCUGUCUGAGCCCUUCUGUAUGAGCAUCACUGCUUCACCACAACAGCACAACAGGAAUCGGUGUCAAGCAGCACCAACAGUUUGCAGACAUUAUUAGUUGUGUGACUGUCCCCCUGCCCCCUCUAUCAAAAUAAGAGCCCCCUGAAACCAGGGUCCAGGAUGCAGGUGUCUUUCGCCUGCACUGAGCACAACCUCAAGAGUCGCAGUGAGGACCGACUUUGUGGCCUUCGCACCGCCCCACCUCCCGGAGGAAGCAGUGGAGGCGUAGGGGGAGGUGGAGGAGGAGGAGGCAGCGGUGGCAGUGGAGGAGGAGGCGGUGGAGGUGGUGGAGGUGGACAAGGGAGUAAUGGCAACUACAUGUCUCAAGGCUCGGCCAAGACCAGGGAGGGGCCCGGGUCCCGUCAGGCUCCACACGGCCAUGCCCACAUGAAGGAGGCCAUCGGGCGCCACACCAGUAUGAAGUAUAGGAACCUUGGGAAGUCGGGCCUACGUGUUUCCUGCCUCGGGUUAGGCACCUGGGUGACGUUUGGAUCACAGAUCUCUGAUGAGAUGGCCGAGAACCUGAUGACCAUAGCUUAUGAGAACGGAGUGAACCUGUUUGACACAGCAGAGGUGUACGCGUCUGGAAGAGCGGAAAUCACUCUAGGCAACAUCGUCAAGAAGAAAGGAUGGAGGCGUUCAAGUUUUGUCAUCACAACAAAGAUCUAUUGGGGAGGCCAAGCAGAGACAGAGAGAGGACUCUCCAGAAAGCACAUUAUUGAAGGUUUACGAGGAUCCUUAUCAAGACUCCAGCUAGAAUAUGUGGACAUUGUUUUUGCCAACAGAAACGAUGUCAACAGUCCCAUGGAAGAGAUUGUACGGGCCAUGACGUUUGUAAUAAACCAGGGUAUGGCUAUGUACUGGGGAACAUCCCGCUGGAGUGCCAUGGAAAUCAUGGAGGCGUAUUCGGUGGCACGCCAGUUCAACCUGAUACCACCUGUGUGUGAGCAGGCAGAGUAUCACUAUUUCCAGAGGGAUAAAGUGGAGGUGCAGCUUCCCGAGCUCUACCACAAGAUCGGUGUUGGAGCAAUGACCUGGUCUCCACUUGCUUGUGGAUUAAUCACAGGGAAGUACAGUGAUGGUGUGCCAGAGUGCUCCAGAGCAGCAAUGAAGGGAUACCAGUGGCUGAAGGAGCGGGUGAACAGCGAGGAGGGCCGCAGGCAGCUCGCUAAAAUCAAGGAGCUCCAUCUACUGGCAGACAGACUGGGCUGCACUGCUGCACAGUUGGCCAUAGCCUGGUGUCUGCGCAGUGAGGGAGUCAGCUCAGUACUUCUGGGUGUUUCUAAUACAGACCAGCUACUCGAGAACCUGGGUGCCCUACGGAUUUUAACCCAAAUGACCCCUCAAACUAUUACUGAGAUUGAUGCCCUGCUGGGAAACAAGCCACACUCGAAGAAAGAGUUGCGUGCUUGAAGAUGCAAAUCUGAGUGACAGAUGAUGUUUCGAGAUGACGAAGAAGACAAAUGACAUUGGGGAAACAUUGUUUUUUGCUCUGCUGUAUACUCAACAACUUGCAUGUCCUCAGCAACAUUAUGCUUCCAGUACGUGCGCAUAUCCAUUUUGCGCACUACGCUGUAUCAUGUAUGAAAAAAAAGAACAGCUCUCAAUUGGGGGAAAAAGAAAAACUAACAGGUCAUACAUUGCUCACUGCAGAUUGUUCACAGCUUAAUUAUUUCUACAGAGGGGAGUCUCUGCCAUCCAAAGAGACCAACAGAGGUUGAAAGAUGUUCAACUGAUGUCAAAGCAGAUUUGACUCUUGUUAAUCAAAUGUUCUGAAGUGGGAAAAAAAACACCUCUGUGCUAAAAUGGAACUUUAAAGUGUGAAUGGUGCUUUCAUUGGACACGAGUCUCCUCCCCUCGCAGCUGCCUGUUGUUCUGUAUGAUGUUUAGUACCCAGCAGCCAGAGAGCCAAAGGUUAGUACUCAUAUCACUAGCCGAACAUUUCUCAUAGUGUGCAUGUGAUUGAUCUGCCACACUCACUGCUUUACAGGGUUGGGAACAAUAGAUUACUUGCAGUGAAAAAAAAAAAAAAAUCCUGUAUGGUCUCUAACUAAAAACUGAUCACAUGUUUUAAACAUUGAUUUAUUACUUUGAAAGUAACCAAAUAUUGUGAGCAUUUUUACACAUGCUGAAAUAAUGAUGGCACAAAUUACUUGAACUGAAUUCAAAUGAAUGGAUUAGACCGCAACGGCAACUGACAGACUGGCUUUUUAAUUAAAGUGCAUUAUGUUAGUUAUUAAAAUACAAAAUUGGCAAUCAGAAGUGGCUAGAAUUUUGAAAGUAACUUUCCCAACCCUGCUGCUUUCUCGGCAGUCUUUUUGCCUCUCCUGUUGGUAAACUGUGCGCAUGUCCCUUUAAGAGAGAAUAGCCCUAAAAGGUUGUAAAUGUGGCAUGGCUUUUAUGGCUUAUGUAGAUUUGCAGUGCCCUUGUAAGCCAUUUUUUCUUACUCUAAAUGGUCUGGCAGUUUGAUCCAGGAUCUGUGCUGGCGGGCACUCUUGCUUUCAAGAGUCUGCAGUCUGCAGACACGGCUGUGUGUCCAUCUGACGUUGAGACUUUGUAUUGUCCAACUGUAUCAAAACGAUGCAUUCUUGUGAAGAGCAUCAUUGUUCCUAAAUCGGAGGCUUGAGACAUUUGGACUAUGUGGAAAGGUCACUGAGCAUCUGACACAAAGAUGUGGACACUGUGGGGAACUAGUAGUUUUAAAAUAAUAGAGCAUCAAUGAUAUGACUGAGUUUGUCUAAUGUGAUAUUUCUCUUGCCACGGGUCACUUGGGGUAAGAUUUAGCAAAUGUAACUAUUUUUUUUGUUUUGUGGAAGCCUAAAAAUAUAGCUUCUCUGGGAGUUCUCUCUCUCUGUAUCGUUUGUUCCCUAGAUUCUUGCACACAUGCACAACUCGUUUUAUACUGUGCAUUUUAUGUCUUUACCCUUUAGUUUUGUAUUGAUUUCAAUACUUUGUGAUGUGAAAGGGCGAUUUGUUCAUUUUGUGAUAUUUUUUUCCAUGAAAACAGCACCAAUCUCCAGAGCGGAUGAUUUAAUACCUGACGUUAUUUUAUUUGGUGCAAGGUUACACUGUACUGUAAAUAGGCUUUUCUGUUUGGCAGUGAGUUAAAAAGAUAAAGGUUAAAUAUAUGAAUCCUGAAGGAGCAGCUGAAACGUUGCUCUCUUCUGUGACUCUGAUGUUCAGUUAGACUGACUGUAGCUUCAAGUGUACAAAGAUCCUUCAAUCAAACCUUGAAAAUGUAACUUUUGCCUGCAUAACUUCUAUUUUACUGUCUUGCAACAAAGAGAAACCAAACGAGUGAAGAGACAACUCAUUCUGAAUGUAUCGUGUCUGUUGCUCAAACCUAAAGGAACAAAGCACAUAACUUGUUUUCAAGGUCAUUUCCGUUUGACACUGUUGCAAACAUUUACAUUGGAAUUAGAAGAAAAAGGUUCACCAUGCAGGAGAUUCAUGCACACACACACACACACACACCAUUCUGAGUCAAAAUGUUUAAAGAAAGUCCGAUAAGAUUUGUGUAUUCACUAUUCAUAACCUGAACCUUUAGGCUAAACCAUAGCUGUAAUGUUAAAGUUAGCUAACCUUCCAUGUUAAUAUUUGGAAUAAACUGUUUAUUUGUA